CUGUGCCUAUACAAAGAUUAAUCAAGUAGAGCAAAACAAUCUUGUUUUGAGAUAAUCUUAAUUCAUGUUGGAAGAUCUUAUAUAUGCUGGCAUAGUAUAAAUAAGCGAUUUCAGGGAUGGAGUAACACUGUUAGGGUUGCCUUCAUGAGCUGCAUUUUUCUGCUGUUUUCAUUUGCCCAAAGCACCAUACUGUGGGAAGGAAUGAAGCUGAGUGGAUUGAGGGUCUGUACAAUUGCUCUUUGGCCUAUAAACAAGUAGAGAAUUACAGGAAUUCAGUUACACAAGCUGGGAUCUUCUGCUUUUAUUCCUGAUCAUUAUUGACUGACCUGCUGCUCCCACCCAGAUAUUGAUAUGCACUCAACUUGAACAAUGAAGGACACCAUCAGAACACAGCCAUCAUUAGUUAAUAGCCUUGGUACAACAUUAAUUUGUAUUGGCUUGAAUAGCAAGAGAAGGAGGGUUCUGAAAUGAGAUGUAUUGUGUUUUCUCUACAUUGCCUAUGCUGAAGUAAAUAAGGGAUACCUCUUGGGGGUCUGGUAUUUUAUUUUAGAACCAUCUGCUGCAGAGAGAGAAUUGGGUUGGCUGCCCCUUCGCCUGAUCCUUUAGGACAAGUGCACUGUUCUCAAGGAAGCAGUAGGGUGGGACAGGGCUACAGUGUCUAUCUGCAAGGGCAAGAACUAUCAGAGCUAUGGUUUCUAUAAGGCACCAUCUUCAGAACUUUGGUUCCAAUAAGGUCGUCUGGAGUGCCUAAGAUAUUUAGGGGGGGAAACUGAGUAGUGUGGAGGCGAGCGAGCUGAAGAGAAGCCAUGGCCCCGACUGCUUGUCUAAUGGUGUGACGUGACUUCAACCAUGGGAACUAGUCACAUCUGCUUCCAGGACACGCUUGUUUAUUGAACAAAAGCUCGACCUCUCGUAAUGACGUUGCGGUUCAGGCAGUCCAUUGUUAAUGUGGAGGGCAAAGUUUCUUCCUGAAGAGGAUUCAAGUUUUGGGUCGGAUCGGGUUGUAGAACCAGGCUCAUGGCUGCCGAUGCCGAGCGAGUAUACAGGGAGGUGCAGGAUUACUAUGGCAAAGAGUUGACAAAAACAAAGGAUCUAAAAACUAAUGCCUGCCGUACUUUAGCAAGACCUUUGCCCGCAUUUGUCAGAGAAGCACUACAAUGUGUUCAUGAGGAGGUUUCAGCAAAGUACUAUGGUUGUGGCCUGGUGAUCCCAGAAUGCCUAGAAAAUUGCUGGAUAUUGGAUUUGGGCAGUGGGAGUGGCAGAGACUGUUAUGUGCUCAGCAAGCUGGUUGGAAAGAACGGACAUGUAACUGGGGUAGACAUGACUGAAGCCCAGGUUGAAGUGGCGAAGAAACAUGUUGCGUAUCACAUGAACAAAUUUGGUUAUCAGAAGCCCAAUGUAAGCUUUAUCCAUGGCUACAUGGAAAAAUUGGGUGAAGCAGGCCUGAAAGAUGAAAGUUAUAGUAUUGUAAUCUCCAAUUGUGUGGUUAACCUCUCCCCCGAUAAAAGAGCUGUUCUCCGUGAGGCCUAUCGAGUGUUAAAGGAAGGUGGGGAGAUGUAUUUCAGUGACGUGUAUGCCAGCCAUGACCUGCCAGAGGAGAUCAGGAAACAUAGAGUCCUGUGGGGUGAGUGCCUUGCGGGAGCCUUGUGGUGGAAAGAUCUCUACAAAAUUGCAGAGGAAGUUGGAUUCUGGCCACCUCGGUUAGUGACAACCUCUCGAAUAACCCUUGCUAACAAGGAGGUGGAGAGUGUUGUGGGUGAUUGCCAGUUUGUUUCUGCUACUUUCCGCCUCUUUAAGAUCCCCAAGGAUGUCCUGCCCCAGCAGCAAGAAGUAAUUUAUAAAGGAGGAAUAGUUGGGCAUGAGAAGGAACUAGAGUUUGACAUUAACUACAAGUUCAAGCAAGGAGAAGUGGUGGAUGUGGAUGAGGAGACAGCUGCUCUUCUGCAGAACUCAAGAUUUGCUAGCAAGUUCUUCAUCCAUCCUGUGAGGCCAACCUCCGAUAAUAGUAGUCCUGGGAAAAGAAAGCUGGCAAAAGGAAAGAGGGUGAGAGGGGCCUGUAAAUGGCUGUACACUCUUACUGGUUGGCAUUUGAUUCUUGCAGUAGGGGGAGCUGUGCUGCUACAAGAAGUGAGAGAAAAGAGCACCCAGCCAAAACAGCAAGGCAAAACAACAACUUUAAGCUCUAAACAAGUGCCGUUGUGUCACCAAAGGUAUGGUGGAGUAUAAUGCUGGCAAAUUAAUUGAAAUAGGAUGCAAAGCUGUGCUAAAACCUGCUAACUGGGCAAAGAGGCACCUUUUAGAAAUAGUGGCUCUCAUAUUUGGCAGGAGAGACUGAGAGAACAACUUCCCCUAUUCAGCUCAGCACAUUCCUCCAUUGGCUGUUGCUGGUGUCUCCCUUGAGUUUCUUUAUAAAUCGUGAGUCCCUUUGAGACAGGGAAUCUGUAUUGUUAGGGUAUUUCCAUAAGACCUAUAGUCCUGAAAUUUGGUACAAGUGUGGUUCAAAACAUCCUGAGCCAGUUCGUUCUCCCCCACCCCACAUCCCCUCAGCCAGUUCUGACACUGCCACAGCUUUCUCUUGGCCAGCCAGCCAACACUUUCCGGCAUUCCUCUUCUUCUCCCAGCAGCUGCUCGUGAACUCUCGCGAGAGCUGCCUCGCAUGGGAUUAGCCACAGGCAUGCAUUAGAGAAUUAUAUAUAGAGAUAAUAGUAAGACUCUUGGAAGUAUAUACAGUAUAUAAAUCAAAGGGACCUGCCACACAGUUCUAAGCAUACUUAUCAUGUAAGACAAUGGGACAUUUCUUAGUCAACAUAAUUUCGGGUUUCUAUAAGAGUGUACAAAUUUGGGAUAUAAAUGUGCAAUGAUACAAUCUAUAUUGUAUUGAAGAAAUGGCAUGAUUCCUGCCAACAGAUCUAAAGGAUCUUGAUUGCAGACUAAAUUUAUAUUAUAUGCUAGUAAAUUCAUUUUGUAAUCUGCUAGCAUAGGUCCUGGAGCAACCAACUACUUCCAGGAGCAACCAAACUACCAGAACUCAAUAUUCUUCAUGUGCAAUUUUGUUUGCUGUGUUCUGUCUUGUUCUGAGGUAAACUGUAGUUCUAUUCAGACAUUACGUUUCAUAUACUCAGGUUGUGUCUGUACAAAUGUUAUGUGUUUUAGUGUGAAUGUGUGUACAUGUGUUAAUUUUAAAAGUGAACUGGAUACAGGUCCCUCAAAUGCAUGGUACAGAUAGAAAGUGUACUGCUGUACAUGUGUUCAGGAUAACAUGCGAAUAAACCUAUGUGUAUACAGAUCUGUACAUGUGUACACAGAUUGUACAUGCAUUUAACAUAACAUUUGGAAUAGGGCUUUUGUGACCUGCAUUUUCAAUGCUACAUGUUAAAAUGUCUCAUUUUUCGACUUACCUAGUAAACAAAUUGCUUGAACUAUAUAGCCUUAUAAUGACCUUAUAAAAAAGACACUGUAUACUAUUACAGUGUUGAAGUAGGACCAGAAGUCCCACUCUGGAACAUCUCUAAUGCCCUGCCUACACUUUUCACAGUUACAGUGGUGUUCAUCUGAAGAGGAAAAAUCCAUAACCAUGAUUUGUGGGUGUUUCUGUGAUUGGCAGCUUGGGGUGCCCAAGGCUGCUGAUCAUGGAAAUGCCCACCAUCAUGGUUAUGGUGUUCGCCUCUUCAGAUCAACACCACAGUGAAGGAGGGAGUGACAUACCAGGGUGGGACUUCUGGAUCUGAUUUUGACUCUGUAAUUGUGCAUGGAGCCUUUUUUUUUUUAGAAUGUCCAAACAGGGCUUACGUAUACCAAAUUUUUCCUUCCUACUGAUGUGGGAACAGCUUAACUCCAAACAGAGAUACAUUUUGUCUCUUUCUUUGCUAUAUAAACCUGUUUUCAGACUUUUCUAAUUGGAUACCUUGACUACACGUGUCUCAGUUUUUCAGCUUUCUAGCUAGUGUUGAGGUAGAUUAUCUAUUUGGAGGUACUCCUUGCCCCCACUUUUGAAACAGGGAGAGUACAGAUAUCUUCCCUUUCAGCCUUUCCUAAUAAUCAGGGUGUCUCAGGUUUACUGUGUACCAGGUUUCAGUUAUAUUAAUGUGUGGAAAUACCUAACAAUUUUGUGGCAGAUGUCAUUUCUCCCCAUUUCCAGGGAGAGAUGUAUAUACGUACUAUUUCCAGAUUUUAGUAAUCAGGAUGUUUUGAAACAUACUUGUACCAAAUUUCAGGACUAUAGGUCUUACGGAAGUACCCUAACAAUAUAGAUAUCACUAUCAGUAAGACCCAAACUUAUUUAUUUGUUACCAUAAUGAAAUAUUCUGACAGUGUCACUUGUAGUAUACUGCAGUAUUUACAGUCCAACCUUAAACAUGCUUACUUGAAAAUAAGUCCCACUGAAUUCAUUGGAUAAUUCCUAGCAGGUGUGCUCAAAACUGCAGCUCUAACAUAAACUACAGUAUAUGGCAUGUUUACGCAGAAACAAAUCCUACUAAUAAAUCCUAAAAUGCUGUUUCUUUUUCAGACUAUUCCUAUAAUUAACAUCUUAACUUGCUUCAAGCAAUGGCAAAAGGACAUAACCAAAUUUGUUUGGCAAGGGAAAAGACCAAGAAUUAAAUUUAAAAAUUUAACAGAUGCUAAAGAAAGAGGCAGUCUUACCCUGCCUGAUUUAAGGUUGUAUUUUGAUGCUGUUUGUUUGACGUGGUUAAAAGAAUGGAUAACAUUAAGAAAUCCCAGAAUACUUGAUCUGGAAGGAUUCGAUAGAAGGUUUGGAUGGCAUUCAUAUCUGUGGUAUGAUAAAAGUAAAGUGCAUAAAGAUUUUCUUAAUCACUAUGUAAGAAGGAGCCUAAUGAGAGUGUGGGUAAAAUAUAAAAAAUGGUUGGAAUCUAAAACUCCAUUAUGGCUAUCCCCGAUUGAUGCUUUAGCACGUAAAGAGAUAAAUAUGCAACCUGAAUGGGGUACCUAUAGGAAUUUGUUAUGUUUCCAAGAAAAGGGCUGUAAAUUAAAAAACCUAAUCGAAGUACAAAAUUUGGUUAGUAACUGGUUUCAGUACCAUCAGUUAAAUGAAAUUUAUAAGAAGGAUCUUAAAGUUGGAUUAGAGGAUCAAAUGUCGAGAUCUGAGAAGGAGAAGGAGCUGUGUGAAAAUGACGAAAAAUUAGUUUCUAAGAUGUAUAAGCUGUUGCUUUUGGAGGAGACAAGAGAUGAAGUGGUUAAAACGACUAUGAUAAAAUGGGCUCAAGAUGUGGGUCAUAAUAUAGAUAUGGCAGCUUGGGAAAAAUUAUGGAAAAUGGAUUUAAAGUUCACUGCAUGUUAUACUUUAAAAGAAAAUUAUUAUAAGAUGAUGUACAGGUGGUAUUUGACACCCAAAAAUUAGCAUUCAUGUAUAAAAAUGUUCCAAACAAAUGUUGGAAAUGUGGACAUUGUGAAGGAACUUUUUUUCAUAUGUGGUGGUCUUCUGGGAAGGCAAAGACCUUUUGGGAUAUGAUAUAUAAUGAGUUGAAGAAAAUUUUUUAAAUGACAUUUCCUAAGAGGCCAGAAUCCUUCCUGCUGGGAAUAACGCAAGGAGAGUUUUCCAGAAGAAACUUAACAUUUUUAAUGUAUGCAACCACGGCGGCCAGACUAGUAUAUGCGCAGAAAUGGAAGGACAAGGAAAUGCCCUCAAGAGAAGAUUGGUUGAUAAAAAUUUUGGAAUAUGCUGAGAUGGCAAAACUUACAGUACUGAUAAGGGAUGAAAACUUGGAAUGUUUUAAAGAAGAUUGGAAACCAUUCUUACUAUACUUAAAGAACUAUUUUUCUAAUAUCGAUUUUUCAGCAGGGUUUGAAAUUUAGUAAUAAUAGCAGGUUGGGUAGAGUAAAAUCGAGUUUGCAAUGUGUAGGAUAAAUGUUUUGAAUUACUAUAGCAAUGGUUGACUUGUAUAGUUAAUGAAUCAUGCAGAUUGGUGAGCGGGAAGUCAAUAUUUACUUAAUUAGAUGUAACGGGAUUGUUAAGAUAUUGUA